UCAGUUGUUACAUCUUUGGCGAUGAAAGGAAGCAAAGAGGUGAGUCCGAGGUCUCCGCCACAGAUUUGCUGGAGACUGCAGUUAGUCCAUCCGUCUCUGGCUCCAGUAACCCCUGAAGACCGAGGGUGCACUUACAUUCCUAGCGUUUCUUGGCGUGCUUUCCUAAGAGCUAGUUCAGUGCCUCACCCCGAAGAAGUCUCUGGGAAAGGUUCUUUAAGUCAUGAAUCAGGUUCCCGUCUGUAUGUGUGUUUUUUCUUGAGAAAAACUGGCACAGACUGAUCAGUAGUAGAGAGUGGGGUCUCCUUGCUCCCCUUCAUCACUGCGUUCUUCACCUUGCGACUUCCUCACAUUCUCCCAGAUCUGACAAGUAGGACUCGCGACCUCAGGGUCGGGAGCAGUCAGCACCAGACAUCCCCGCCCCCUCCCGGGGUUGAUGCCACCCGUGCCUAGAAGGUGCGUGUGGGUGCAGGCGGGCGAACUGGAGGCUUCUACCGUGAGCUAGGAGAAGCAGUUCAGCCCUUCCUUGCCUGAGACCUGCAAUCCUAGAUUCCCUGGAGACCGCGAAACUCCCAGUCCGAGGCACUCCCUGCUUAGCCGCCCACCCAUUCCCCCCCUUCUUACCUCAGCACGCAGCCCCUCCCUGCGUGAUGAUGCAAACCAGUGGGGAGGGCGGGCGCUGGGAAGGGUGGGGAGAGUCGGAGAGCUAGCGAGGGAGGGAGGGAGUGGGAGGAGGAGGAGAGGGAGCCGAACGACCAUUUAAAGCGAUAGCAAUCCUUGCCCUCUCCCCAGUGCUGGGUUGUUGGAGAGCGCGAGCGGCAAGCCGGGGAGCGCGAGCGCGGCGCGCGGGUCGGCGAACCCGGGAGCGCACGGAGCCCCAAUCUGGCAGGCGCCGCGGGACCCCCCAUCCUCUCCGGCCGCCCCUCUCCGGGCGCCCCCACCCUCCGUGCCUGCAGGAGCCUCUGGGCUUCCCCGGAGGACCUCACCCCAAGGGGCCCGGACCCCGGCGAGCCCGCCACCAUCCCCUCCAGCGCCGCCGCCACCACCGCAGCAGCCGGAGCAGCAUGGUCCAGCUGGGGAAGCUGCUCCGCGUCCUGACUUUGAUGAAGUUCCCCUGCUGCGUGCUGGAGGUGCUCCUGUGCGCGCUGGCGGCGGCGGCGCGCGGCCAGGAGAUGUACGCCCCGCACUCUAUCCGGAUCGAGGGGGACGUCACCCUCGGGGGGUUGUUCCCGGUGCACGCCAAGGGUCCUAGCGGAGUGCCCUGCGGCGACAUCAAGAGGGAAAACGGGAUCCACAGGCUGGAAGCGAUGCUCUACGCCCUGGACCAGAUCAACAGCGAUCCCAACCUGCUGCCCAACGUGACGCUGGGCGCGCGGAUCCUGGACACUUGUUCCAGGGACACUUACGCGCUCGAACAGUCGCUCACUUUCGUCCAGGCGCUCAUCCAGAAGGACACCUCCGACGUGCGCUGCACCAACGGCGAGCCUCCGGUUUUCGUCAAGCCGGAGAAAGUAGUUGGAGUGAUUGGGGCUUCGGGGAGUUCGGUCUCCAUCAUGGUAGCCAACAUCCUGAGGCUCUUCCAGAUCCCCCAGAUCAGUUAUGCAUCAACGGCACCCGAGUUAAGUGAUGAUCGGCGCUACGACUUCUUCUCUCGUGUGGUCCCACCUGACUCCUUCCAAGCUCAAGCUAUGGUGGACAUUGUAAAGGCCCUAGGCUGGAAUUACGUGUCUACCCUUGCAUCUGAAGGGAGUUACGGAGAGAAAGGUGUGGAAUCCUUCACGCAGAUUUCCAAAGAGGCAGGUGGGCUCUGCAUUGCGCAGUCCGUGAGAAUCCCCCAAGAGCGCAAAGACAGAACCAUUGACUUUGAUAGAAUUAUCAAACAGCUCCUGGACACCCCCAACUCCAGGGCCGUCGUGAUUUUUGCCAACGAUGAGGAUAUAAAGCAGAUCCUUGCAGCAGCCAAAAGAGCUGACCAAGUGGGCCAUUUUCUUUGGGUAGGAUCAGACAGCUGGGGAUCCAAAAUCAACCCACUGCACCAGCAUGAAGAUAUUGCAGAAGGAGCCAUCACUAUUCAGCCCAAGCGAGCAACUGUGGAAGGGUUUGAUGCCUAUUUUACGUCCCGCACACUUGAAAACAACAGAAGAAAUGUAUGGUUUGCUGAAUACUGGGAGGAAAACUUCAACUGCAAGUUGACGAUUAGUGGGUCAAAGAAAGAAGACACAGAUCGCAAAUGCACAGGACAGGAGAGAAUUGGAAAAGAUUCCAACUAUGAACAGGAAGGUAAAGUUCAGUUUGUGAUUGAUGCAGUCUAUGCGAUGGCUCAUGCCCUCCAUCAUAUGAACAAAGAUCUCUGUGCUGACUACCGAGGCGUCUGUCCAGAGAUGGAGCAAGCUGGGGGCAAGAAGUUGUUGAAGUAUAUCCGCAACGUUAAUUUUAAUGGGAGUGCAGGCACCCCAGUAAUGUUUAACAAAAAUGGGGAUGCACCUGGGCGUUAUGACAUCUUUCAGUACCAGACCACAAACACCACCAACCCUGGUUACCGUCUGAUUGGACAGUGGACAGAUGAACUUCAGCUCAAUAUAGAGGACAUGCAGUGGGGUAAAGGAGUACGGGAGAUCCCCCCCUCAGUAUGCACACUGCCGUGCAAGCCGGGGCAAAGGAAGAAGACACAGAAGGGAACUCCGUGCUGCUGGACCUGUGAGCCUUGCGACGGCUACCAGUACCAGUUUGAUGAGAUGACAUGCCAACAUUGCCCCUAUGACCAGAGGCCCAAUGAAAACCGAACCGGCUGCCAGGAUAUCCCCAUCAUCAAACUAGAGUGGCAUUCUCCCUGGGCCGUCAUCCCUGUCUUCCUAGCAAUGUUGGGGAUCAUCGCCACCAUCUUUGUCAUGGCCACUUUCAUCCGCUACAAUGACACACCCAUUGUCCGAGCAUCCGGGCGGGAACUGAGCUAUGUUCUGUUGACUGGCAUCUUUCUUUGCUACAUUAUCACUUUCCUGAUGAUAGCCAAACCUGAUGUGGCAGUGUGUUCUUUCCGGAGAGUUUUCCUGGGCUUGGGUAUGUGCAUCAGUUAUGCAGCCCUCUUGACAAAAACCAAUCGGAUUUAUCGCAUAUUUGAGCAGGGCAAGAAAUCAGUGACAGCUCCCAGACUCAUAAGCCCAACAUCACAGCUGGCCAUAACUUCCAGUUUAAUAUCAGUUCAGCUUCUAGGUGUUUUCAUUUGGUUUGGUGUUGACCCACCCAACAUCAUCAUAGACUAUGAUGAACAUAAGACAAUGAACCCUGAGCAGGCCAGGGGAGUUCUCAAAUGUGACAUUACAGACCUCCAAAUCAUUUGCUCCUUGGGAUAUAGCAUUCUUCUCAUGGUCACAUGUACUGUGUAUGCCAUCAAGACUCGGGGUGUCCCAGAGAAUUUUAAUGAAGCCAAACCCAUUGGAUUCACUAUGUACACGACAUGUAUAGUGUGGCUUGCCUUCAUUCCCAUUUUUUUUGGCACUGCUCAGUCAGCGGAAAAGCUCUACAUACAAACUACCACACUUACAAUCUCCAUGAACCUAAGUGCAUCAGUGGCUCUGGGGAUGCUUUACAUGCCGAAAGUGUACAUCAUCAUUUUCCACCCUGAACUCAAUGUCCAGAAGCGGAAGCGAAGCUUCAAGGCGGUAGUCACGGCAGCCACCAUGUCAUCGCGGCUGUCACACAAACCCAGUGACAGACCCAACGGUGAGGCAAAGACAGAACUCUGUGAAAACGUAGACCCAAACAACUGUAUACCACCAGUAAGAAAGAGUGUACAAAAGUCUGUUACUUGGUACACUAUCCCACCAACAGUAUAGCUUUUGCCUGCUUUCUUAAAGGUAAGAAACAAUCUAUUUUUUACUUAUUUGUAUGUUCUUGUCUCUACUGAGAAAAGAAGUGUUUCCAUGAAAACUGUGCAUGAUUACCUGUAAAUCUGUUUAUAUGAUGAAACGUGUUUUCAAAGAUGAUUUGUUUGCUAAGCAUAGGGCAGACAGCUGCUAUGGGUCACAUGCUUGGUUUCUUUUCUGGAGAACAUGCAUGUGGGUGUGUGUACAUUUGUCUUUUCUGAGCAAGUAGCCAACAGUGGUGGAAUUGGUGCUGGUCACUCUGGUACUUGGGCUACUUUAAAUUACCGAUGGUGAGAGAUUAUUUUUAAAUGUAUGUUGUCUUGCUCAGGUUUUAGAAGGCAGUGUGGAAACUCAUAGGGAAGAAAGGGAGAUAUUUUACAAACCUAGCAAAAAUGUUUGUUCUGGUUUAUUUUUAGUAAAUACAUUCCCAGAAAUGUAUUCAUUCAAAAAAAAACAAUGAAUGGCCUUACUAUCUCAAACCCAAAAAAGUCUUGGUUCCUUCUUUGCAGCAAAGAACUAGAAAAGGCUUUGCUGGAUGGGCUUGAUAGUGUGUUGAAGAUGAACUGUGGCUCAUGGUUCUGCCUUAGAGAAACACGGAACCAACUUCAGUCAUGUCACUGAGCAAGGAAAGCUUCAAUGAAAGACCUCAAGAAUCUGUAAUGAGUUCCAAUAUUAGUCAAACCCAGGAAUUACCAAUAAAUACCAAAGGUAUUCAAACAAAUAGCUUAGGAGAAAUGGUAAAUGGUGUGAUGUGUGAAUUGGGCAUGGGCAUGAGCAGACAUAAGACUAAUCAUUGAUUGUUCACUGAUGUUUAUUAUUUGGGGCUCUCACUAAAAGAUGUAUGCUAUGUAUGAAUUUUUGUUAUUGUUAUUCAUUAUUAUUAUCACUACCUCCCUCCUUUAGCCUACACAAUAGUAUAAAACAGUGGAAAAAGAACCUUUGUAUUGACAAGCAUCCCUAUCCAGCUGAAAGUCAAAGUAUUCCCAACUUUGGGAAAACAGACAGUGUUAAACAUGGUGUAGAGUUAUAAAAAUCAUGUGGUGGCUGUGAAUAAAAGGUUGCCUUUUGAUUUCCCUUAAACCUGCUACUAUACUUACAAAAUAGAGAAACCUAUCUGUAGAGGGAUUCCAAGAGAGAGUGGAGAGGUCCUGUCAUAGGAGGGGGAAUCCUGCUUCCUAACAUGGGCUAGUCUUCCUCUCUUUUAUGUUGCUAGCAUGGAACUUUUAUCAGAAUAUUGCUGUUUUGUUUUUUUUUUUUUAAGACAGGACAAAAGUCCUUUCAGAGUAAUUACAUUUCCUGUUGAUUUUAGAUAGGUGCCUGCAACUCAGUCUUUAAUUUGGGAUAUAUUGUUCACACACUUAUUUCCUUUUUCCAUAUCAACAUGAUCUGUCCUAGUUUUUAAAUAGGGCAUUCUUUUCUCCCAGUGAAUAUAUAACAGUAUUCCAGUGAGAUUUCAAGUUUUUGUACUCCAAGGGCUUGUCAAAACACUGCAGCUCAUCACUUGAAUCAUCCUUUAACAUGAGACUCUCUGAGAAUAAAAGAGAAGGGAUUUUCCCUGGGUAAAAAUGAUAGAUUUAAUCUCAAUCCAUUAAAAAUUCUCUUUAGUUCCAUUCUAAGUUGAUGCCUUUUGGGUUAAAGGAUGCAAGAUGAAAAUGUUCUAAGUCAAUUUUUCAAUUAAAAAAAUACUUUUAGGAUGUGCUGUUUCAAAAUAACUUUUGGCUAGGAUUUUCUUGUUUCAAAGAUUUUGACUGGGUGCUCUCCUUUUCUGCCAAUGUGAAGGUGGCUUUACAAAUUAAUGAUAAUGAUCUUAUACUGCUACUUAAAAAAUAAUUGGAAAGUCGGUCCAAGUUACAUUUACUCAAAGAGGGUAGUGAUUUACCUUGUUCAGGUUACAAUAAGACAGGACAGCUCAGUAGAACAGGGAAAGAAGGCAUGUAAGUUUGUGUGUUCAAAUCCAUUUCUAUGCUGUGUUUAGGCAGACCAAACAGUAAUGGAAAAUUUGUAGGUUCGAGUACACUUCUGUACUCCGGGGCUGAUAAGACUUCACCUUCAGCCAGCACACCCCAAUAAAGGUGAAAUCUACAGGGCAGAUCAAGCACCUACUUGUAAGGGGUUAAAGGAAGCAAGUUCAAAUUCAGACAGAACAGCACCUAACCUGGUUUGAAAACGCACUGCAUCUCCUUCCUCUGCGGAACAGCCCUGUCUCACAGACACCACAGGCCAGACAUCAGCUGAAUCAGCACUGCCUGCCAUCUCUCGCCUGGAUGUUUGCAGAUUUUAAAACUCUGCAGAGGGUUAUCAAUCUUAUGACAUUUGUUUUAAAAUGCAAUUAAGCAACAAAAACACAAUCAAUCUGGCGUCAUUACCAGGUCAGGAAACAGGUUGUUUUGUUAGGAGGUAAAUUUUCACACCGCAGGAUGGUGUUCUCAUUUUAAAACUUGAACAGUUCAAUUCAGCCUCACAAAUAAUAGCCCUGAGUCUGGUUUUUACAAGGUAUGUUCUUCCUAGCAAGCACACUGGUUAUAUUAUUGACAUUUCACUAAUUUAUUAAAUGGUAUUGUAAAAAAAAAAAUAAUCUCGUCUCUUAUAAUUACUAUAAUGGGGGUUAUCUUACAUUUUAAAGCUUUGCAGAACUGUGUAAGCCAUGUUUUGGUAUCAUAUUGAGACUCUCCCUCUUCCUUAACAUUCAAUGUGAUAUCUCUGUGCUAACUGGAGACUCCGUCAAUUUAAAAUCCAUCUUGAAACACUCUGUAAGUAUAGCAUAGCACAGAAUAUAUGUUACCUGACCUUUGAUAUAGAAUCACCUUAGAAAUAAAUGCAGCUAUAAAUCUUGUUGGCCUAUUUCUUUCUACCUAAGAGCUCUAUGAAACACCAUUAUUUCUCUCAUUGGGGUUUGAUAUAUCUCAGCAUCCUCAAAAAAAACCAGUAUUUGCCAACUUGGUUCUACAACUUCAGUUCCACUUAAACGGGAUGAAAGUUCACACGGCUGGAAUUUGUACUCUUUGUUAGCAUAAAAGAAACGUAUGCAUCAUGCCCCAAAGCUAUGACAAUUAAGUUUUACAUUUUAUCACGGCACCACGGCAUCUGGCCAGGAUUGAUGAACUCUAAGAGUAUUUUUCAGUUGGGUCCAUCAAAGACAGGUUUGUCAAGCACCACUCCUCUAGUCCAGCCCUGAACUGACUGGGAUUUGGGGACAGAAGUGAACAAUACCCACAGGAAGCCCAGAUCUUAAGGAAGACUCAAAGGAAAGCAAUUUGAAUUCAAAGUGACAGGAGUAGGUCUUAGGAGAGGUCUGUACCAAGUGCUAGCAAGAUACAGGUGGACAGCAUCACCCAGCAGGUUUUGUUUGAGCUAGUCUUAAAAGAUGGAGUACUCCAGGCAAGCAUAAAGGGAAGACACACAAGGCGGAAAACAAGUAUGUACAAAGAGCCAGAAGUAUAAAGAAUAUGGAAUAUGCUGGGAUUAGAAAGUAGCUCUGUGAGGCUCAAGUACUGUUUUUGGAUGCACAUAGUUGCAGGGAACGACACGCAGGAAAGCGGCCUGUGUGUAGAGUAACCAAGCCAGCUUUAUCUUUGUGCCUUUAGCACAGGGUGUGACAAAUACUAGGUUCUCAGAAAAUGUGCAUGGAAUAAUUGGAGUAUUUAUAAUACCUCACUAUACCAAAGCCUCCUAACCUUACCUAGAACACAGUAUGUAUACCUUAAAUAAUAAGUAUUUAUUAAUCACAAAAUACUGCAUCUGCAGACUGAGCAAGUGGAGUCGUAUUCUUCCAGAUAAAACCUCUAAAAAUUACAGAUUGCCUUGAAAAGACAAUGUUUUGACUGUGGUGUCACAGGUUUUAAAACUAUGUUGUGGUUCUUACAUAAAACUCUCAAAACUGACGGUCAAUGCUGCAUCUGCACAUAGGUAAUUAACCAAGGUCUCUCUUGAUGAGCUAACCCUGUGUAUAAAACCAACGAAGUUUUAUGCCUAUUUCUUUCCUUUUAUGGCCUACAGAUACCUAUUCUAUUUGUCUUUCAAAGGGCAUGUGAACUUCAAAAUUACCACUGGUAAUGGAUCAUGUGCACACUUGAUUUAAAUGGUUAGAGCUUCUAAUGUAAAAACAAAAACAAUCAAUUUGGUAGUUUUCUGAUUAUUACUUUUUUUUUUUUCUUUUUUUUUUUUAGAAACUGGCAUCUAGGACAAAUUUUGUCUUUUAGGCCCUUAGUAUCAUUUGCAUUUAAACAGAAAACAGUGUGUAUCCUAAACCAAAGUCAGUUAAUCUCUAC